GGUGAUGGAGGAGUAGAUGGUGGAGAUGCUAAGAAGGAGAAGGAAGAAGAAUCAGAUUUACCUAAACCAAUAUUCAGAUCUUACAAACCGGUUACAGAGGAGUUAGGUGCUAAUGUUCUACCGACGGCUGAACCUGCGAAUGUGGAAGAGGUAGUCAGAGAAACUAUUGAAAGCGCUAAAGGAACAAUACUGGAGGACUUGGACUUCAUGAACUUAGCUCCGCGGAAACCGGACUGGGAUUUGAAGAGAGAUAUUGCUAAGAAACUAGAAAAACUGGAAAAAAGAACUUCAAGAGCCAUUGGUGAGAUUAUUAGGGAGAGACUGAAAGGAGUGGAUCUAGCAGAUGCAGUUGCUGCCGGAGCCUCUCAUGCUGCCGCGUCACAAGAAGACGAUUAA